GAGGGAUCAUAUUCCCUUCACGUAAGGUGGGGCUUAAGCUUAAGCGCUGAGAAAGUGGCGAAGGAGCUAUAUAAAUGCUGGAGCUCCCUGUCACACUUCGACCACGACUUCUACUCUUCAUGGAACAACGUCCUCAUCGCUUUAUCCGUAGUGCAGCGCUCGCAGCGCUGUCGCACUUUCGCUCGGUCAAUGUCCUCAUUGCGUUUGAUGGGGACCUCGCAUGGUAUCUCUUACGUGCUAUUCGUUCUACAAGGUGGCGACUAGACGUCCACAUCGAAGGCGACUGGGCAACCCUCCUUUUCGCUAUCAAGUCUCUCGCUAAAACAGACCGACGCUUCCGUAUCGAGACCACGAGGCUUCACAAGUAUGCGCUCCUAGUGUACACCGCAGACCUUCAGAGUGCCACUGGUGUUGAUCUUAUCGAUGACGAACCACCCAACAUUCAGGAACCCCCAUCUCAAAGACGUGUCGACUAUUGCAAAGUCUUUUUCAAUUGUGGCCUCGUCGGGGCGCACAACUUCCUCGUUGUACAACCCGACGACAUUCCGCUGCUCCCCUUCCAGCUUCUUCUCCUGCACCGUAUGCACGGGGACCCCUCACCUUGCAUCGCAGAGCCGCAGAACAAGCUGAAAGGUCGAAUGGAUGGGAUCGCACUGUAUAGUCCUGCACAACUCGUCUUUGACAAGCUCUCAGAAAAGCGUAUGGAGAAGGCAUUUCGCCCUGUGAAGGGAGAGAAGUUCACGGAGUGGGACAAGAUUGCUCCUGGAAUUAGGGCUUUUUCCCGGGCAGAGAUGGAUUUGCGUUCGACGCUCAUGGAUAAGAAGAAACAAGAGCUGUUCGAUAUGCUGGUGGUGAAGCUGUGUAUUGCACAUCCUGAUUUUACAGAUGAGUUCACCGUCCUUGGGUUCCAGGAAGUUCUGGAACAAAAUGAGGUGAAGUCGACUGGUGUCGUAUUUUUGUAGGUGUUGUAUGUCUUAUACAGACUAAUGAUCAUGCAUGUGAGCG